AUGACCACCUCUGAAACGCGUUGGGAAUCUAGACUUCCUUAUUUCGAAAACAAUGAGACAUGGAAAUUAAUAGAUUUUUUACAGUGGAGCAUAGCGUUUGCAGAAGAUUUCGGUGAUAAACGAGACGAACACCUAUUAUAUAAGGUUUGCUUGGAGAAGCUUCGUCUAAAACCACAAUUACUUAAGUCUCGUGAUGGUGAACUUGUUCAACAGUUGGUCUCGUGUUGUAUGAAGUCAUUUGAGAUGGAUACGAAGUUGCCUGAAGUAAAGAAGUUCUGGGAAAGCAGUUCUACUGUUAUGAAAGUGUUAAAAAAAGCGUCAGUUAAAAAUUCGAAAAAUAUGAUCAAUCAAGUUUUAAAUUUACAUACGGAUUUUAGUGAAGCACUUUUUAACACUACUCGGGAAACGGUAAAACCUGCUUUGAAACGGGGGUUGUCAUCUGAAAGCAGUUUAAGUGAGGAAGAAACAGUCACAGAUGCUGACAGCAAUUCGUUUUUAGUAUCUGAGCAUGAGAAGGAUUCGAACAAUGCAACUGCUAAUCAGGAAGAUGUGCUUGUUCAAUAUACUUAUGCACAGGAAGUAUCAACCGAAUGUAUAAAAUUACAAACUCAUAAGCGAGAAAAUGAAAUUGAUAUUGAAGGGGAUGUUUCAUGUAAAAGGCAAAAAAGCGAGACGAAUAGUCCUAAUGCAGAAAAUCCGCAACUAAGAAACAAUAGUGAAAAAUCUUUUUCCGAGUCUCUUUCCUCCUCUGAUGAUAAUAAAGAGCUUGAAGACGAUGAAGAAAUUAAAAUUGAUCUAACAGACAUUUCGAUAGAAUUGCGACGUGAACAGAUAGUUAAAUGGGAGGUUGGUUGUAUUAAUAUAACCGAUAGAUUUCAGCAGUAUCAGAAAGAUGUUUUUAAGAAGGCGCAGAGAGAGGGUUUAAAACAUGGGAGUAUUUACGAACUCUUAGCUUUAUCAUCAAUCAUAGUGCUCUGUUCGCCAUGUCCGUACCCCAUGUUCACAAACCAAGAAUGGAAAGAGAUAAUGAAGACUAAUCCUUAUACUAUAAACGAACCACCACUUCCACCAGAGAUUUCAUCUUCUCUUCGUGACAUCGCUAGUAGACGCUUAAUUAACGGUGACGUUUUCAUGGAUUGUGGAGAAUCGGAGUUGAAUAGAAUGGUCGCGCUCAUGUUUAAUAACCUAUAUUAUGGUAUUCCAGAGGUUGCUCCAUCAAAGUUAUCCGAGGAAGAGCACUGUGAAAUGUACAUUUAUCCAAUUGCUCGUUCGUUUCGUAGAUCCGAAAAAGAAUAUGAGCUUAGAUUAAAUCGUGCCACUGCAGGAUCAAAAACAAGACCCGACCUUUCAUGUGUAGUGAAUGAUGUAUCAAUCUUAAAUUCGGAGUUUAAGCCACUGGGUUGCACACCACUACAAGAGAAGAAGGAUAGAUUGAAGGCUCAUUUAAAAGCUCGAAAAUCAAUUAAUCAACAAUUGGAAAGAAAGGGGGGUCCGGGUGAAAGUGUCAUAUUUUUAAACAUCGGUAAUUCAAUGGAAUCAUUCUUAAUGGAUCUGAAAUGUGAUGGGUUGUACCGCUCCUGGCCGUUUCUCACAACCAAACUGGUAGUUGACAAGGCUACGAUCCCAUUAGCAGAGUUUGCAAUCAGCCAUUUUAUUGCUUUGGAGGAACGUGUUGAAAAGAUUGUGAAGGACUUUAAAUACCGAAGCAGUCAGUUCACACCACCUGUACAGAUAUCCUAUAUGCGCAAACUUCCAAAUACGCCACAAGUAAAUAUGUUACUUAAAUAG